AUGAUUGCCAUACAAGGCCGCCGCUAUAUAAUCCCGGGCAUCAUCCUUGCAGCCCUUGCCGUUGUCCUACUCUCCACUGAUCGAUCCCACGUCGUCAUUCGCGAACAAGUCGACAAGUACAAGCAAUACCAGCAGGGCAAAAAGGAUGCCCCGAAACAAGCGAAGCCGCCUGGUCCAAAAUACCUGCCCGCGCCUGAAUACGUUCCUCCUCCAGUGGUCGACCCCUUCAUAUCCCUCGCGAUACCGCCGCCGCCCUCUAUUCCCCACUGGAACGUCCCCGAAAAGAAUCUACACAAGAAGUAUCAACUCCCGUAUGCGCCGCCACUGUUCAUUGGCUUCACGCGCGGGUGGCCGCUUCUUCUGCAAGCCGUCGUAUCCUACAUCACAGCAGGGUGGCCAGCAUCGCAAAUUUACGUGAUAGAAAACACCGGCACGCAAUGGGCAAACCCGAGGGGCAGGCUCUCGCUUCAAAACCCCUUCUACCUCGACUACGAUGGCUUGCGGAAACUAGGCGUCAACAUUAUACAGACGCCAGUGCUUCUCAACUUUGCACAACUGCAAAACUUUUACAUGCAUCUUUCCCAGGAGUAUGAAUGGCCGUACUAUUUCUGGUCCCACAUGGACGUGAUUGUUUCCUCUUAUGAAGGCGGUCACAAUGGUAAGCCCAAGGCGGGUGAAGUAGGCUAUCAGACCAUAUAUGAAAACUGUCUCGCCGAGCUCAACACCACGCUGCAUUCAAAUGAUCGCUGGGGAACGCGGUUCUUCGCCUACGACCACCUCACGCUCGUCAACCGGGCGGCAUAUGAGGAGGUCGGCGGAUGGGAUACCUACAUCCCUUACUACAUCACCGAUUGCGACAUGCAUCAGCGCUUGCUCAUGCACAACUGGACCCUGGACGCGAGAGACGUCGGCAUAAUCAGCGACGUCAACACUGUUCUCAAAGAUCUGCGGGCACUAUAUCGCGACCCUUCCGCAGAGCUAGAUUAUCGAGAUCCGAAUCCUCCAGAGAAGCCUGCAGCGCCGCCGUCUGCUGUAGAAGAUGACAAGAAGGACACGAGAGAUGACGUGCCUCCUCGUGAAGAGGAUGAUUCUGACGAUGUCAAGUACUGGCGCAAGUUGCAGGCAGUGGUGGACAGGAUGGUGGAAUACAAGAAGGGCGACCGUGGACGAAACACGUGGCAGUCGUCACAAAAGGGCGGCGAGGGCGAGCCAUUCUACUAUUCCUCCCGCGGAGUGCAAAAGGCAUUUGACAUGCUCACGGCCGUCGGUGGCCAGAUAUAUGAAGAAAAAUGGGGGCAUAGAGACUGCGCGUUGAUCGAAGGGGGCAAGCUGAAGCUGGAAGACCAAUGGCGAGUGGCCCACGAUUGGGAUUAG